CCUUAUCAUCGCAAGAACAGACGUUUCUGCAGUCAUAAAAGGCUCAUUAUAACAAUACUACAGCCAUGAUGACGUCUCUGUCAACUUUGGUCUUUCUACUUAGUUGUUCUGGUGCCCUUAGCGCCCUUCCACAAGACUCGAACAACUUCAUCGACACGGUGCUCAGAGACCGACUGCCCGGUGAGGUUCGCAACCGGAACCUCGACCCGGCGCAGAUACCAAACUUCGAUGUCAAGGUCAAAAAGACAUUCGUCACGAACCGCGACUUGAAGGUGGACUUCACGUCGGGCCUCGUUCGUGGCCUGUCACAACUGAGACGUCGGGGUGACUGCGGUGCUCCCGCCUGGGAGGCCGCCAACACUACCUUUGGUUGCCACGUGUCUCUCGACGGCGUUCGAGUCUCCUACAAGGCAAAAGCCAAGGGCCACAAAGUGCUUGGCUCAACCAACUACGAUGUCGACAUGCUCGUCGAGAACACCAACUUUUUCGUCCAGAUUACUAGCGCCCGAUCGGUUCCUGCCGUCUUGAAGACAUUGAGCUUAAAUUCCUUGGAGCUUAAAAUAAGCGACAGCACCAAGCUGGGCCUCAACAACGAGCGGAACAAAAAGUACCACGAGGCGAUCAGGUCCCGCAUCCAAGAUCUACUGUCUUCACUACUGUACGGAAGUUUCCGGGAGGCGCUGAACCAAGCUGUCAGAACCGGGGUGGCACCGUUUCCUUGAUUUUCGUCGACCCACACGACGCGGCAAUCACAAUUUCACCCAUCCUGAACAAUUGCCCUGCUCACGAAGGUUGUGCAAUAAAUAAAUAUUACGCUAUCAUUUCAA